AUGGUGUUCAUGUGGCCGGAUUCACGGAACGGACGGCGACAGGAUCAUCGUGUUCGCGCCGGUCGCUCCGGAACUAACGGCGAGCGUGGUCGAGCAGCCGGCGGCGUGGGGGGCGCGUCAAGCAAGUGCAGCUGGUGGUGCUGCUGCUGCCGGAGCUGCCGCCGCCGUCGCCUACGCCACAGCCGCCGGGCCGCCGCCGCCGCCGACGACGCCGCAGCAGCAGCAUCCGAAGCCGGCGACGACCUGCAGCAACAGCAACAUCAACAGACAGUAACCACAGUGGUGAUAACGUCGCCGUCCUCAUCUACCAUUGCGGUGCCGAGACAAGUUGAGGUCGCCGCUGCCACCCUGUCGUCGUCAACCGAAUGCCAAGCGCCGUCGUCGUCGUGUUCCGUCACCGCAGACGCCGACCGGAAGUCGUCGUCGGUCUCUUCCGCCGCCCCGGUCGCCGGAGACCAAAACCUGCAACAACAGCAGCCACCUGCACCGAAACAACAGCAGCAACAACAGCAACAGUUUCACGACAUCGAGGAGGAAGAGGACGACGAUCAGCCGACGUCAUCAACGGACGGCGACCGUUCGCUGACCGUCCGCGAGACCGCCGGGUGCCCGUCACCGACAUCGUCGUCUAGCGCCCCGUUGGCAUCGACCACGACCUGGCCCAGGGCUGCCACGACCACGGCGGCGGUGUCGUCAUCAUCGGCGCCCGUCACCGACCGGAAGCGCAAGAAAAAUCUACGUCCUAAAAGUAUAAUCAACACCGUUAGUUCAGACACGUCUGGCACCGUCGGUUCGGGUGUCCAGGAACGCGCCACCGGCACCACGCCACCGUCGACCAUCGACAACAAUAACAGCAACAACAACAACAACGACAACAGUCAAGCGCCUGCACCCUCACCAGCAGCAGCAGCAGCGGCGGCUGUAGCGGCAGCUGCAGCCGCAACCGCAGCCGCCUCCACCGCAGCUGUCACUGCCAAGAUGCAAGCGGAACAGGGCAGCAUUGGUGACCUGCAGAAGUACCACAAGUUUCUUCGGAAUCGCAGACACACGCUAGCUAACGUCCGCGUUUCGUAUACUCGAUUCACGUGCAAACGACGAUGGCGCAUAAGUACACAAUGCUAGUACAGUGGUUCGUUGAUGUCGACAAUGGCUGUUGUACCUAUAUUGACAAUGGACCACACAUUAAUUAAACAACAACAAUAAUCAUAAUGAUACUAAACUUUCGGAAAGCCGUUUAUUAACUACUGACGUGCUGUCCUUUUGAAGACAUUAGGAGUUUUGAGUGUAUAAUAUUAAUAACAUUGUUAUUACGCUUGGCGAUGAAAUUGCGUCCCAAAUAACCUUGAAAACUUCACCCUUCUACCUGCGAUGCAAAUAAAUAAAUAAAUAAUGGCUUUAAAUAAUAUAAUUUAAAAUUAUGCACUUAACUAUA